GGGCGGGGCGCGGCCGGGCGGGGCGGGCGCCUGGCUCGGCCUGGCGGCGGCCCGGGCGAUGCCGCUGCUGGUGGGCGGUCGGCGCGUACGGCUUCCCCGCUCGGCCGCGGAGCUGGUCCGCGAGCACCCGCCGCUGGAGGAAAGAGCCAGACUCCUCAGAGGUCAGUCUGUCCGACAAGUGGGACCCCAGGGCCUUCUGUAUGUUCAGCAAAGAGAGCUUGCAGUGACCACCCCAAAGGACGGCUCCAUCUCCAUUCUGGGUUCCGACGAUGCCACUACUUGUCACAUUGUGGUCCUGAGGCACACAGGAAAUGGGGCAACCUGCCUCACACAUUGUGACGGGAGCGACACCAAAUCUGAAGUCCCCUUGAUAAUGAGUGCCAUCAAAUCCUUUUCUGAUCACACCGAGUGUGGAAGGUUGGAAGUGCACCUGGUGGGAGGCUUCAGUGAUGACAGGCAGCUGUCACAGAAACUUACCCAUCAGCUUCUUAACUCGAGAAGAGUUGGUCUCCUCUUAGGACUCCACCUGAUGUGGUGCUGGAACCUGAACCCAGGUCCUCUGCAGGAGCAGAGUGAAUUUGACAAACAAGAUGAGGACAUUCACUUAGUGACAUUAUGUGUGACAGAAUUAAAUGACCGGGAAGAAAAUGAAAACCACUUUCCAAUCAUUUAUGGCAUCGCUGUCAACAUUAAAACUGCAGAGAUCUACAGAGCUUCCUUUCAAGAUCACGGUCCAGAGGAGCAGCUUCGUGCUGCCAGAGCGUUAGCAGGAGGCCCAAUGAUUAGCAUUUAUGAUGCAAAGACAGAACAACUUCGAAUAGGCCCGUAUUCCUGGACGCCAUUCCCACAUGUGGAUUUCUGGUUGCAGCAAGAUGACAAGCAAAUACUAGAGAACCUUUCUACUUCUCCUCUGGCCGAGCCCCCCCACUUUGUGGAACAUAUUAGAUCUACCUUGAUGUUUCUAAAAAGAUUCCCAUCUCCAGCAAAUAUACUGUUUCCUGGAAAUAAAGCUCUCCUCUAUAAAAAAAAUGAAGACGGUUUAUGGGAAAAGACCUCUCCAGGGAGCUAACAUCAAAGUUACCAAAGGACACAACUUUUGGCCUGAUGGAGACCGUUGGUGUUUGGAGUCUACAUCUGUGCAGUUUGAUUCUUCCUUGCUUACUGUCUUUCAAAAUAAAGUGUUAUUUUGUCAAA